AUGAUGUUCUCCUACCGUAUUAUCUCUCUAUUUUCCUUGGUUGUCACUGCUUUCUCGUUGGAAUGUUAUACCGGAUUCACUUAUUUGAAAGCUCAAUCUGUUGGAACUUCGAAAGAAACAUGCUCAUCUCCAAAUGAUUUCUGUUACAACAUGACUGCUGAUUUGACUUCAUUGAACAAUGUGAAAAAGGGAGGAUGUUCUUCAACUAGAUGCAUUAUCGCUCGAAACAAAUGCGUGACUCAAUCCAUUGGAGGAACUCAAAUUCAAUUUUGCUGCUGUAAUACCGGAGACUUGUGCAACUCCAAGUUGACGAACAUGAGUUUCUUCGAGAAAACUAAACAAAGAGCAAAAGACUUCUUGGAUAUGCUGAGAGGAUAA